CCCCCUUUUUGAGAGCUUCAAGAGGAAGCUUUGGAAUUGGGGAACCAAAAAUGUGGUCGCCUUCGUCUUUGCUUUGGUGAUGAUGGUGGUGGUGGUGGUGGAUAGUGUAAAGAUGAAGAAGGAGAUAAUACCCUUUUGACCACAGAAGAAAAGAAAGGAAAAGGAAAAAGAAAAGCAAAGAAAAGCAACAAAGUGAGCAACCAUUGCUGCCUGUGAUUGUCAAUGAGAGCGACAGUGUAGCGUAGGAACCCCAAAGCAUCGCUACCCUCUCUCUCUCUCUCUCUCUCUGUUUUUUCUUACUUUUCCUUCCCACACGUUCCUCUGCUCUCCCUUCUUCAACUUUCCUCUGUUUAUAUACCAUUUUGAUCACAUUCAGAUUCAUCUCCAGUUUUCACAACACAGUUUUCUAAAAUGCCCAUCUACCACCCCUCCAUUUGUACACAACGGGAUCCCAAGCUCCUCGUCGACUGCGGCGCGCACAUUCUAGAUCUCCAAACUGUGGUCAAAGAUGGCAUUCUUGGCGGCGGAGGCGGGGGGGUAAUCGCCACCGAUGGCGGUGCCCAGAAGUUGGAUCUCAAGGAGAUGAUUGAAGAGCUGGAGUCGUCCAUAGAGGUCCCAUCGGUGUUCAUUUGCCCAAUCUCGCUCGAGCCCAUGCAAGAUCCAGUCACCCUCUGCUCCGGGCAGACCUACGAGCGGUCCAACAUUCUCAAAUGGUUCUCUUUAGGCCACUUGACUUGUCCCACAACAAUGCAAGAGCUUUGGGACGAUUCCGUCACACCGAAUCGGACCCUUCACCAGCUGAUUCACACCUGGUUUUCGCAGAAGUACUUAGCAUUGAAGAAGAGAUCAGAGGACGUGCAGGGGAGAGUUUUAGAGCUCUUGGAUUCGUUGAAGAAGGUCAAGGGCCAAGCUAGGGUUCAGUCCCUUAAGGAUCUCCGACAUGUCGUCACCGCCCAUUCCUCCGUCAAGAAGAUGGUGGUCGACAACGGCGGUGUUGCUCUAAUCUCCUCUCUUUUGGGUUCUUUCACUUCCCACGCAGUUGGGUCGGAAGGCGUGGGGAUUCUCGUCAAUUUGGAUCUGAAUUCAGAGUUGAAGAAGAAUCUGAUUCAACCCACCAGAAUAUCCCUAAUUGCAGAUAUUUUAAACGAAGGGUCCAUCGAAACCAAGAUUAAUUGCACCAAAUUCAUCAAGAUGUUGACGGAGGGCGAUGCUUCAACAAUAGAGAACGUUUCGAGUUUAAGUCUCCUCGUCGGAUUGUUGAGAAUGGUGAAGGAUCAAAGACAUCCAAACGGAGUAACCGCCGCACUCACUUUACUCCGAACGCUUUGUUCAAACGAAUCAAUCAGAAAGCAACUCGUUGGCAUCGGUGCCGUCGCGAAACUCGGCGGCGCUCUCUCCGGCUUAAACGCCGAAAGCUUGGAGUCAGCGCUUUAUAUUCUCGACGUUUUGUCGUCCCUUCCAGAGGGGAGAUUAGCGUUGAAGAAUUGUGAAGAUACAGUUAGAAAUUUGGUGAAAUUGUUGAUGAAAGUAUCGGAGAUUUGUACAAGAUUUGCGCUAUCGAUUUUGUGGGCGGUGUUCAAGCUAGCGCCGGAGGAAUGUUCGGUGCUCGCGGUGGAGGCGGGAUUAGCGGCAAAAUUGCUGCUUGUGAUCCAAAGUGGGUUCAAUCCAGAACUGAAGCAGAGAUCUGCAGAGCUAUUGAAAUUGUGUAGUCUAAAUUACCCGGAUUCUAUCUUCAUUUCUAAAUGUAAGCUUACGAGAACUAUACAAUAAAAGAUAGCUUCUCAAAAUUGUCCAUAAACCACCUUUUGUUUCAUUUAUAAAAAGAUAUUAUGCACCAUUGAAA